AUGCCGCUAGGCAAACCAGUACUGCAGCGCAUUGAAGACACUUCAAUAUGGGCAUCCACUAAUGGGCGGGCCGCUACGAGCGUAAGUGUCCGACUUUUACGCCAUUUCACGAUCAUACAUACCUCAGAUCCGAGCGACACAACCUUAACACGAGUAUACACGGUGCUCGUUGAGUCUCACUUUGCAUCCCAGUCUUUUGCAUCUGACAUUGUGGCGGCCACUGCAGCUCUCGUGGCAGCAACUAUUUGGACGUUGCGAGAAGUUGUGUCGGAGCUAAGACCGACCCCCAACAGACAACUCUGCAUCUUUGAUACGCGUAAUUCUGCACGCUGCAUACAAGGAGUAUUGAGGUGUCGGGCAGAUGAUGACUUUGACAAGUCCGGCCUGGCUAGACUUUGGGUGCAUGAGGUAUUGCGCACUUAUAGCGACAGGCUUUUGGCUUUCGAAGACCAGGAAUGGAUGGUAACGCACAUACAGACCGCGGUAUUGCGCAAUUUCAAGCUGGAUACUGAUACACUCAUAACAGACCUUCAACAGCUUAUCUUUACUGACUUCCAUAACCCCCUUGAGCGUGGGGUCUAUCUCGAAGUUCGCGAUCCGACUCAACUGUAUGAUGCCUUGGAUCGGGCUCAGGAUGAGUUCUGCAAUUCAGACGGGAACAAACGCGUCGUAGUGUUUCCGCUAGUAGCAGCUCAGAUCUCGCGUCUUGUGCGAGCUUUUGGCUCAUCAGGCAGUGGCCACGCUCUGCUUGGUGGCGCAUCUGGGACAGGUCGGCGAGCUGUCGCGCGUCUUGCUGCCCAUGUUUCUGGCUGUGCAUUGCUCGAGCCAUGGCCAUAUGCGCAGUUUGAUUCGCUAGCUUCGUGGCGCAAUGAACUGAAGCUGGCUUUGAGGCGUGCGGGUAUUGGUGAUGUGCCGGUCUGCUUGCUCAUUGCUGAUACACACGUACUGUCUCUCGGGGAGAUUCUUGCAAGCAUCUGUGACGUUAUGGCUACUGGGCAGACUCCGGGUCUUUUUCUCGUGGACGAACGCGCAGAAAUUGCAGAAGAAAUGCGCUCUCGCAUGCGAAGGCAACGUGGCGCUAAGAAUGCAGAAACAAUGAGUCACGAUGAUCUAUUUUCUAUGUUCUCGGAGCGGGUACGCGUCCAGCUUCACAUCGCGUUGGUUGUCUCUCUGGACAAACAAACAAUUACAAGGGCCAAUCUCGUCAUGAUGCUGCGCCGAUUUCCAGCAUUGGUGUCUCAUUUCAUGUGUGUUGAUCAUCACGCCUCUUGGCAGGAUGAUGCGCUGUCUGCUGUAGCUGAGAGCUUUCUUGCGAGACCUGAAUCCACAACUGAUUAUGCAGAAAAACGCCUUCAGGUGGCUGCAGUAGCACUCUGUCGCCAGAUCCACACUUCAGUUGUGUGUCGCUGUGACUAUCGCGUGUCUGCACCGACAUCAACUUUCCUUGAGCUCCUCGAGUGCCUUCGAGCAAAUCUCGAUCGAGCAAGGAUGGCUAUUGGAAACAGGCAGACCAAAUAUGGCAGGGCAUUGGACGUAGCUCAUCAUGCUCAAAGGGCAAUUGCCACCAUCGGUGAUGGUAUUGAUGCGGCGCGGGCCGUACUUGAUGCCACCAACUUCGAAGCCGUCGUUUUUGACACUGAGUUGAGUCAUAAAAAGUCAAUUUCUGGAGUAGAAUCAAAAUACGCAGAAGUUGAAGCGGACGCGGAGGCCCUUGUUCACGAAGAAGCAGCAGCGCGGGUUCUUGCAGAGGAAUUCGAACGUGAGAUUGCUCAGGCCCAACCCGCAUUUGACGAAGCCUAUGCGGCUCUCGAAGCUUUGUCUGUCGGAGACUUGUCCGAAUUGCGAGCUUUGCCACGCCCCCCAAUCGGGGCGAAGCCCAUUCUUGAGGCUGUUUGCAUUCUUCUCGGAGAAAAGCCAGUCAAAGUUGCUGACCCCGCCGACCCCACACGACGAGUUUUGGACUUUUGGGGUGCAGCUCAACAGCGGGUGCUGAUAGGUGAACCUCCACAACUGGUGUCUAGGCUACGCGCAGUAGAUCAUGACAAAAUAUCAAACAAGGCCAUUUCAAAACUAAAAGAUACCUACAUAGGACCAGGAGCGACACAUGAAGCAUCCUUUGUAGAGCCCGAUAUGCUUGAUGGAUUCAUAGGCGCGACUGUCUCAAGCGCACUUUGCCGAUGGGUUUGCGCCGCGAGCAGCUAUGAGCAGACCUCGCGCACCGCACAACCAAAACGUGAUGCAGCGGCACGUGCACAGUCUGAACUCGAAAAAUCCCUCGAAGCGCUCGAGCGCAAAAGGAAUGAGAUCAAUGGUGUCGAGGCUGAAUUGGCGGACAUCGCCGCAGGGCGAGAUGCGACUCGAGGGCGCUGCGAUGAGCUUCAAGAGACAAUCUUGAUUAACUCCCGUCGUCUCGAGCGCGCAAAGUCCUUGCUAGAUGCUCUCGUGUCGGGUGGGGAGCUUGAGCGGUGGGAGACACUAGCACGCGAAGCUAGCACAAGAGCAAGCUCUCUUGUUGCCGAUGCCCUUUUGUCUGCGGGCGCAUUGACGUAUCUGGCUCCGUUGGACUCAAGUUCACGAUAUCUAUGGCUUGUAGAUUGGGUUGCGUCCUGCAAACGCCGUGAUUUGCCAGUAUCUGCAGAGUGGAGUGUUCUUGCAUCCAUGCUUGAUGAGGGGCAUUUUCGUGAAUGGCAAGAUAUGCUCUCACCUCUUCCAUGGUCUCCAACCAACGAUCUCGCUCUUGAGAUUGAAACAGUUGUUCAGUCUGCUCUGUUUGCAAAGCACUCAUUACGUUGGCCUUUGCUACUAGACCCUCACGGUGUUGCACUCAAAUGGGUUUGUGCUGUUGAGAAUCAAUUGACCACUUUGCAUGGGUCUUUGCAGCAUUCAAAAAUGUGGGCUGCUGUUGAGACAGCGGCCCCUAUGGGAACCUCGGUGCUCAUCAAAGACAUGUGCGAGAACGACCUGGCAAAUGCACAGACUUUGACUGGGCUUCUCCCACGUCGCAUCAACAGUAUGGAAAGCUCCGAGUACCCCAGCGUGCAAAAUACCAAAAUUUUAGUUGGUCUGAAUGCGGUCAAGGGAGUUGCUUGCCAUGAGGACUUUAGAUUUUACAUGACCUCUCAACAACAAGAAUGCAGCGUAGCUAAAGUCCUCUGGAAUGGGCGCGAACAACUUAUUGUGAUCGAUUUUGCGCAUUCACAUGCCGCGCUAAAGUCAGAGAUGUUGCAGGUGAUAAUUUCUGACAAGCAAACAGCGAUGUACAAGGAAGGAAGAUCGUUGGUUCAACAGAACAGGAGAAAUCGGGAAAGAAUUCUCGAGGUCGAGAGCGAAAUCCUAAAGGUGCUGACAGAAACUUCGAAAGGCAGCAGCUCAGUACUGGACAAUGGUCUGGCCAUUGAAAAGUCCCAAUCCUUGGUAGCGGAGGUUUGCAACCUUCGUGAGCAGCAGCUGGACAUCAACAGGACCAAGUGUGAUCUUUAUUUGUCACACAAACGAUACAUGCCGACGGCCCAGGCGGCGCAAGUAUUUUUCUGUGCAAUUUCUGACCUGAUUCACGUUGAAGGUGCCUAUGCAUUCUCGUUGAGAUGGUUUGUUGACCGCAUCUUGAUUUCUUCACUGAAAGAUAUUCCGUCCAACGACUUCAAAGUUGACGAGUCAAAUUCCGCCAAAAAUAUGGAUGGGAUAGUUGCGCCUCUUACCCAUACGCUAUAUCGGCACAUUAGUCGCACUCUUCUAUCGAAGGACAGACUCCUCUUUGCUCUACUGCUCGCUGUGCGACCGCUUCUUGACACAGGAGCCAUUGGAAGUGCCGAGUGGCAAUUCCUUCUCACAGGCACUGCAUGCCUUCAAAGGGCAGAAGGCCUUAACCCAGCCAAAUCAUGGCUGCCGGACUCGCAAUGGACUGAAAUGUGCUCCCUCUCUACACUACCCGCCUUUUCAGGGCUGAUCGAGGAAUUCGAGGCGCAAAUCAAGAUGUGGAAGCGUAUUCACGAUUCACAAGAGCCAUACACACAGCCUUUACCACGACACUGGGAUGCCGAUUUGCGCGGCGUCAAUAGACUUUGCAUCCUCAGGUGCUUGAGACCAGAUCAAAUAGCGAAUGCUGUACGUGCAUUCAUCCACACCCAACUUGGUGAGGAUUUCCUGGUGGCACCAAAAGUCGAUAUUGAUGAAAUUAUGGCGGAAAGUAAACCGCUAGUCCCUAUCGUCAUUACUACAACUCAGGAAAACAAGGCAUCAGCGGUUAGCUUCGUAGUUGGUGCGGCAAAUCGCAUGGGUCGCAAUGUCUCUCAUAUUUUAGUGGUUGCUAGCCGCACUGGGGUGGCUCGAAGGACGCUGACCCAGGGGCUUUCGAGUAGCUCAUGGGUAAUAAUCCAGAAUCUGCAGCUGUGUCCAGGAUUCACGACGCACUUGGAGGAGGUCUUUUUCAAUAACGGCGGUCCUGUCAGCGCCCACGUCAAUUUUCGCGCCUGGUGUGUGAUGGAUGUCAAUCACAUUUUAACCACCAAUCUCCUAAAAGCUGCCACCAAAUUUGUGUACGAACCCCCCCGUGGCGUACGCUCAGUGGUCCUGGAUUUGUACAAUGCGGCUCUGGAGACCAAUCCCGAUUUCUUGUCCAAUUGUACGCGUGGUAAUGAAUUUCGCCGCCUGUUUUUCUCCUUGUGCAUUUGCCACGCAAUACUGCGUGAACGUGUGUCGUACGCUGAGCUAAACAGAAUCUGUUAUCAUACACCAUGUAGGCUCGGUUGGAACGCCUCAUACAGUUUUUCACCAAUUGAGUUGAUCUUGUCAUCGCACCACCUUGUUUGUUUACUAGAUAACCACGAGGAUAAUCAACAGGCCGCGCCCUUUCGUGCAAUUAAGCUCUGUGUUGGUGAAUACAUAUAUGGCGGACACGUCCUGGACAAUAUGGAUCGUCGAUUAUUAACUCUGAUUUUGGAUCGAUUCUGCCGUCCUGAUGUCCUGCGACCUGGCCACGCUUUGAGCUCAUCUGGUGAAUUUCGUAUGCCCUUACAGGACGGUAGCAGGACUUCCUGGUUGCGCACUGUUGAGGCACUUCCAGUAGCUGCCCCACUUGAAUUUCUAGGGCUCCACGAUAGCGCCACCAUUGAAAAGAAUAAAAGAGAAACCUCAGAGUUACUAAUUGCUGUAUUUUCAACGGAAAACAACAACAAUAAAAGGCACCUGGGGGCUACUGAUACUUUCGGGAGUACAAUAGAUCGGUCUGAUGCAUUGCUCGGCUUGAUACCACCAGGACUAGGCGAGCCGCCCAAAGCCAAAAACACCGGGUCCUACUUUUUAAUUUCCGUUCUCGCGCAGGAGCUGUUAAAAUAUGAGACGUUGCUCGCCAUUGCCCGUCAUCUCCUAUCCAGCAUCAGUGCGGCGUUGAGAGGACGACAGCCUAUGAGCGUGUCACUUGACAAAAUGACACAAGAAAUUGAAAAGGAUAAGAUCCCACCAGCAUGGAGAAGAUAUUCAUAUUUGUCUAGGAGCGGGCUGUUGUCUUAUGUAAACGAUCUUGUACUGCGAUGCAAUUUUUUUUUGUCAUGGUCGACUAAAGCGGCCCCUUCCAUAUAUUGGCUUGGUGCGUUUUUCUCACCGCGGGCUUUUCUGUCGGCUAUAAGAAUGAAUCACUUUACUGCUCCUGAUAAUUCAUUGUUGAUGGAAUUUGAUUUCAGGUUCCUCUCGAAUGAUGUAUCGACGGGAGAGGGCUCCGAACCAGCGAAGGAGGGUGCCUAUAUUCGAGGAAUUCAGAUUCAGAGCGCUCGGUGGGAUGUCCGCAGGCAAGGCUUGGUUGAAUGCUUGCCAAAGACACAAUUUUCCCCAGCGCCAGUGAUGUGGUUCAAGCCGAUAGAUCCAGCAGAAGCAUCUAGCCGAGCUAAUGCCUCUUUUGAAUGCGCUCUCUAUCGAACCACCGCUCGCCGUAGUGUUUUUUCCUCGGAUGGUCUCUCGACCAAUUUUAUACUACUUAUUAAGACACCGUCGCCUAUGCCUCCGUCCCAUUGGAUUGAACGAGGGACUGCCAUGUUGCUGCAACUAGAUGAUUAA